AACAAGUUGCACCUCUGUUUAAGCUUGCAGACAUCAAAACGGAUGUCACGGUAACCGAAUAUGAAGGCCAUGCUCUUUCAGUACUUAAAGAAUGUGAACUCCAGGCAUUUGAUGGUUUGUGUCGGUGGAGAUGGAACCGUCAGCGAAGUUGCUCAUGGUCUGCUGCUUAAAGCCCAGAUAGAUGCCGGAAAAGACACAGACUACGUACCCAGGCCUGCCAGAGCACCCCUUCCUCUGGGAGUUAUACCAGCAGGUACUACUAAUAUUUUGGCCUACACGCUCUACGGUAUCAAGCACCCAGUGACUGCAACAUUGCACAUUAUAAUGGGCCAUGUUCAGCCAGUUGAUGUCUGCACUUUCAGUACUCCAAGCAAGCUUUUACGCUUUGGGUUCUCAGCUAUGUUUGGCUUUGGUGCAAGAACCUUGGCUUUGGCUGAAAAGCACCGCUGGAUGCCCUCCAGCCAGCGGAAAGAUUUUGCUUUUAUCAAAACACUGGCAAAUCUCAGGCCAGAGGAAUGUGAGCUAUCAUUUCUACCUCUGCAGACUUCACAGGAAGGUUCUCAUGAGAAUGACAGGAGGAAGAAAGAGACGAUUAAAAACAAUGGCAGCAAGGAUCAAUGGCACAAGAUCCAGGGUCACUUCCUGAAUGUGAGCAUUAUGGCAAUCCCUUGUCUGUGCUCAAUGGCACCAAGAGGCUUGGCACCUAAUACGAGGCUGAAUAAUGGCAGCAUGGCUCUCAUUGCUGUGCAAAAUACUUCUCGUUCGGCGUUUAUUAAACACCUGAAGAGAUAUGCCAGUGUGAAAAAUCAGUUCAAUUUUCCCUUUGUUGAGACCUACACAGUUGAAGAAGUAAAAGUACAGCCAAGGUUUAAAAGCAUGUUUGAUUCCAAAGACGAUACAUGUGGGAAUAGCACUUCUGCAGAAGGAACUUACCCUUGGAACAUCGAUGGAGACCUAGUGGAAGAAGGAUCUGCAGUUCAUGUGCGGCUCCAUCCUCAACUCAUUGAUCUCUAUGGAGUGAACAUUGAUGAACUGCAGGGUUCUAAAGCAACCUGUAACUGUAUAUAGGAGGAAUGUGCAGCCUUUUCUGCUGCAGGUUCUGCAUUGGAAAAACCCUUUUUUCAUCUAUGGGCAUGUUCUUUUAAGGUCCCGGUCUGACUCAAUGAAGGUGAUGGCGGUAGCAAAAGCUUCAUUGGGAUGGUUGUAGUAGUUCUGCUCUUACAUACUUCUGGUAGGAUAUAGUUAACUGUAAAGAAGCUGUCUAGGUAUAGCAAGAAAAAACAUAUUGGUCUCUAUUUUAUGAAUUUGGGGUGUAAAAUGUACACUGAAAGUGCACAUCAGAAUAAAAUAUAUUUUUAUUAAAAAUUAUUUUACCUACUGCAAUAAAUACAAGAUACUACUUAGUCUGCUGUUGCUAUCCGUGGUAUCAGGUAGUUCAGUUUAUUUAAACAGAAUGAGAAACUAAAAAUGCAACCAAAGGCAAAAUACUUAUAUAUUUUGAUCAGGAUAAAGUAUUAUUAUUUUUAUGCUGUUUAUACCAUACUUUAAGCCCACUUGUAGUCAGGCUGUAAUGAAUGUAUAUGCUGAUGUCUUCUACUGGUUUYCUUUGAAAUGCAUUCAAAAGACUACUGUUUGUACAAAGUAUUUUGAACUAUUUAAUGCACUCUUGAACUCAAGUGCUGUUCAGCAYAGUUUCUGUUAAUGCUGAGAAUGACAUUGUGCUGACUAUGAUCAGCUCAGUUUUUGUAGCUGCCUUGCAGGGUGUAAACUCAUUUUAGGGAGUAGGUUCUUAACUMCUUGAGAUACCUGUGCAGGUUAGCACUGUUUUAGUUUUUACUUUGUUCUUCUGGGAACAGGCUUUCUAUGGGAUGGAAAUGUAGUAGAUUGACAAGACCGUCAGGUCAGAGGACCCUAGGGAUAACAAAUGUAGUCCUAUUUACUUGUCUCUGAAUUAUUGCUCAAAAGAAGGCUAACAAGAAAUAUGAAAGCUGCAUUGACUCAAGACUUAGUACUUUAAAGCCUUAGUUCAGUAAGCAGUUGAGUAUAAUAUUAAAUCCAUCCCAAGGUCAGAGUGUCCUUCUGAGGAAAAGGUUCUUCCUUAGGUCCAGCUGGAGCCUCUUGUUUCAGCCCACACCUGCUGUCUAAAGAGGAUUGAGCAGCCUUCAGUUAAACCCUGGUCACGGAUAUUACUUGGAUUCUGUAGCACAUCAGAUAUUAUAACAUA